UAAACUUCACUACCUAUCUACUGAACGUUUAUGAAAAUGUACCAUUUGCUCAUAUUUCUCUCCUAUCUGACAAUAGUUGUCGCAGUCAGUGCGCCUACGCAUUUGCUCAUCACCCGAGCCGGGCCGUGCUAUGACGACUUGAAGAGCAAACUGGUGACUGUGUCAGAGUUGAGCCUGUCCACUCAGACGCUACACUCAUUGCUCAGCGGAGAGUUUAACAUAUCUGAGCACAUAAAUAAUGGAUGGAAGAUUAAGGCAACUAUGCAGAAAUGCGUGGACAUUCGCAACAUGGAGACCUGUGACUUGUUCAGGACUUACAACCUGGUGAAGAACGGCUGCGAUGAUGGUGAGACCCUCAACGAGAAGCAGACCUAUGCCUUUCUGUUCUACUACACGCAACCUAAAAUAAAAUGCCCAAUACAAGCUGGGCGAUACAAGUUAGUAAAUUACCCCGUGUUCACAGAAGACAACUACGUGGUUGUUCGCGAAACUAAGAUAUCGACCAGUGUCUUCGGAUACACGUUUCGAUUGGACGGUUUUAUUAAACGAAGAAAGAUAUUCUGCGUAGAAGCGAUCUUGCAACUAAUGUACACUAGAAAGCACAACUGGGCUGACAGGACUAGUGUUAAAGAGACAACUUCUAGUAGAACUACCACUGUUGACGACGAAGAAGAAUAAAGUUAUGAGAA